GAAGGCUCAGGGGCGUCAAGUGCGUCCUUUAUCACCCGUCGUUGUAGCUGCCUAGCAUAGCCACUGCGACCCACAAUGCUCGAACCACGGCUCUUCGGCUCUCAUCCCAUCUCGCCCUGAACUACAACACUGUUGUGUGUCAACCCGGAGCAGAACAAUAUGAGCGAUCAACCAAGGGAAGAAUCAGCCCAGAGGAGGGUUGUUCUCGAGGUACCUAAAGCACACGUCAAGACUGUCAAGUCAGCCUUGGAGAAAUUUGGCCAAUUGGACCGAACACGCAGAAUCGCCCCAGGAACGAAGAGAGACAGUAUCGCUGCUAUACCCGGAGCUCCCGGAAAGCAACAAUUAGACGCACGAGAUGACAUCCACUCUGACCUUCUGCAGGACAGCAUUGCGACCUCCACACCUGGCACUUUGCCUGAAGACGCAGCGGCUACUUCCCAAUUCCCGGUCCUGAAAUUCGACCCAGGCAGCGGCCAAUAUGUAGAUCCAGCAGUACUACGACAGGAAGAUCAAAGAAUCAUUGCUGUUGAAGAUCCCAGUGCUACACCCCAAUUCCCGACCCUGAAGUUCGAUCCGGUCAGCGGUCAGUAUGCGGAUCCAGCGGUACUACAACGAAAAGAUCAAAGUAUUGAAGCUGUUAAAGAUCCUAGUGCUCCCGUGCAAUUCCCAGCCUUGAAGUUCGACCCGAUCAGCGGCCAAUAUGUAGAUCCAGUGGUACUACAACAGGAAGAUCAAAGUAUCGACGUACCAGUCCUAAAGUUUGACCCAGUCAGCGGCCAAUACGUGGAUCCAGCGGUACUACGACAGGAAGAUCAAAGUAUCGAAGCAGCUGAAGAGCAUUGCAUGCGUAUUCCCACCACAAUCCCAUACGCCUUGGAUGGACACAUAAAGGACGAUACCUCACAGAACCGUCAAGAGGACGAACUCAAGUCAAAAGUACUCAAGAAAUUGGCCUUAGGUUAUCUCUUUAAUGACAUAUCAAUAUCACAUCAGGUCAUACCAAUCGACUCACUGGAUCCUACGUUGCACAAGAAUCCGCUUCAAAGAGCAUUGAAGGAAGCUCUAGAGGCUCUCCCACAGUCAAUCCUAAUGUCGCGAGGUCUUACGGUUGAGGGACUUGUCUCUUCCUUUCCGGAUUCGUACUCAGUAUACAGACCCAUGUUGCUACUUCCGCACAACGCGUUUGCUUCUGACGCGUGGAACAACUUCAUGUCCGCUCAUGCGGCAAAUUCUGAUUCUUUACGACCGGUAUGGCAGCGCAUUGCCGAAGCAGUGGGCGCAACACACAUCGCUGUCAACUCACCCAUACCACUGCAAACAAGCACCAAAACUGCCGCCGCCCAGGACCAGAUAGAAUCACAAGCUCAAGAAAACUUCCUCCGCAGUCCGGUCAAUCUCGCCCCAAUAUAUGGUGACUUCGGCCCCUUACCGACACCACAGACCCUCUCAUCUCCUAAUGAAGCCGACUUCAAGAACGCCUUGUGGGUAACAACAAUUCAAAACGGCAUCCACCAGACGUGGGCGCCAUUAUACACAAUGUUCAGCCGAGGGAACGUCAGUGAGAAGACACGACUUCUCACUCUACCCUCUGUAACUAUGGACUUCGAUGUCCCGUCUGCUGCCGUCGAUUUGUAUGCUGGGAUAGGGUAUUUUGCGUUCUCUUACAAAAAGGGUGGAGCUGGCAGGAAGAAUGGGAUUGAGAAAAUAUUAUGUUGGGAAUUAAACCCAUGGUCAGUGGAGGGGCUGAGACGAGGCGCAGAGAUGAACAGGUGGACGUGUAGGAUUUGGGGUAAGAAUGAGAUGCCGGUCUCGCAGGUGGAUUGGGAGACUUGGAGACGAGAGCUAGAGAAAAGGGGAGAUGACGAGGAUUUCUGGAUCUUCCAAAUGAGCAACGAAUUCGCCGGUGGUUUAAUUCAACAUCUGACAACUCCCGAGCCGCCGCUUGUCCUACCUAUCCGACACGUCAACCUCGGUCUUCUCCCUUCAUCUACGCGUUCCUGGCGCACUGCCAUGAGAGUACUCGACAUUGAGUGCGGCGGCUGGAUUCACGCGCACGAAAAUGUCGGCGUGCAAGAUAUCGAAUCCCGAAGCAGAGAGUUGGAGGAUACAUUCCAGGGGCUUUUAGAGGAAAGGGGAGGGAAGAGACUGGAGAAGGACGGAGGAAAGUGUGUCAAAUUAGAGCAUGUGGAGAGAGUGAAGAUGUAUGCGCCGGGUGUUGUGCACUGCGUUUUUGACGUCUAUGUUCCCGGAGCAUCGUAGUGAUAAAGGUAGUUGUUGAUAGCCUUACACAGCUAGACUUGAAACUAAGCAGUCCUUUCAAUACCAAGUAUGUAUACGCGAGUAACGAAAGAGUAGACAAGGAUCAGAUAACUCAGGGUAUCUUAUUAGGCAGCUAUGUGGGAAUAUGUA